AUGUUAAAUAAUACAGGUUUGGAAAAAUAUAAAAAUGUUGAUUUCGACGAUGCCAUAAUUUAUUACACGAAAGCAAUUGAAUUAUGUGAUGAUUUCGACGUUGCUUAUUAUAAUCGUGGUACCGUUUUAUACAGGUUGGGUUUAUACGAAAAUGCAUUUAACGAUUUAUUAAAAGCUUUCCAACUCAAUCCUGAUAAUUUGGAUUUUUUAAAUGCAUUUAACGAUUUAAUAAUACAAAGGGUUAAAAGGUUAAAAAUUUAUCGAUAA